AGCGUUACAGUUGGCUGGUCUGGGUGGUGGUGGUGGUGGUGGUGGUGAGGUUCAUACGGCACUGGGACCGUCAUAACCUUUAAUCCCAACAACAACAACGUCGACAAUCAACAUGACGACCCGCAGGAAAACUAGAAAAAACCCCGAUGAGGUUACUGAGGAAAAAAUGACGACCAGGAAGCGAGGGAGGUUAGAGGUCUCUCCCACAUCCAGUGCUGCAUCAGUAACUCCACCUGGGACUGGGCGUGGAAAAAGGAGGAAUCUCAGACACGCCAGUCCGCAGUCCACACGGGAGUCGCCUCCAAGAAAAACUCGUCGAAGUGCUGCUACACCAGACACACCUCAAAGAACUAGUACCAGAGGACGUGGAAGAGGCCGCUUACCUGCUGCUACUGCUAAUGAAUCUACUAAAAGUGUAUCGUCAAGAGGUAGAGGCAAAAGAAAUCGAGGUGGAAGUACAGAUUCCAGUCCCAGAAGCGUUAGAAGCCGUGUUGCAUCUCCCUCUACUACAAGGAAACGUGGACGGAGAGAGAGUAAUAGCUCAGGUGUGAGUGUGGCAUCAGAGAAAUCACAACAUAAGCCUUCUAAGAUUAAAGGAUGCAAGAGAAAAAAAUCUGAUAGCACACCUGUAGUUCAUUCAAAGAAAACUAAUGGUGCAUCACCUCAGUGUUUCCCCAGAAGUUCUAAAAGAAGAAAGGUCAUUGACCAAGUAGAAACCUCUGCACCAGCUGCAAAUGGGCGGACAAGUCGCAGAACUCGGAGCAGAAGGGGUGUAUCCGAGACUCAGUCACAGGAAGAUCAAGAUGGAAACACAAAUGAGGAAUCAUCCCACCUGAAUGAUGAUGAAAAUAGUACACAUGGGAAUUCUACAGACUCUUCAAAACUUACAGAAACUGAAACUUCAUUUACAGUUCAGAACAUUUCAUCUUCACUUAAAAGUGAUGCUGAGACCGAACUUAAAAAAGUUGAUUCUGUUCAUGUAAAUAAUGAAGAGUGUAAGGAAGGUGUUGGUGAGGAUCAAAAGAAAUGUGACAGCGUGGUUCAGGAACAUUCAGAGAAAGGAAGUGAAGGUCAGCAUUCAGAAACUGACAGUGAGGCAUGCAAAAAUGAGGUUCAACUGCAUGCAGAACAGAGUGAGGUUCAAAAGCAUUCAGAUGAAAAAAGAGAAUCAAACAUAAAAGAAGUUCAGGAUCUUUCUGAAAAAAAUCAGCAACAUCCAAAUAAACAGAAACAAUCAAAGGAGAAAAAGGAACAAAAACAGCCCAUAGAGGAAGAGGAAGAAAACGAGUUAAUAGAGGAAGAGGAAGAAAAAGAAUCAUUAGAGGAAGAGGAAGAAAAAGAGUCUAUAGAGGAAGAGGAUGAAAAAGAGUCAAUAGAGGAAGAGGAAGAAAAAGAGUCAGUAGAGGAAGAAAAAGAGUCACUUGAGGAAGAAAAAAACUCAGUAGAGGAAAAUGAUGCCUUAAUAGAAGAAGAGGAAAGAAAGUCAAUUGGGGAUGAAGAAAAAGAGUCAGUAAAGGAAGAAGACUCAUUAGAGGAAGAAAAGGAAUCAGCAGAGGAAGAGGAGCAGCAGCAUUCUGAAGACCAAAAAGAAACAGUAAAAGAAGACCAAAAAGAGUCAACAGGGAAAGAAGGAAAAGAGUUGGUAAUGGAAGAGGCAAAAAGGGAAUCAUUAGAGGAAGGGGCAGAGGAAGAGGCCAAAACAGAGUCAAUAGAAGAAAGAGAAUCAGUAGAGGAAGAGGCCAGAAAAGAGUCAGUAGAGGAAGAGGAAAACAAAGAGUCAGUAGAGGAAGAGGAAAAUAGAGAGUCUGUAGAGGAAGAGGAAAGCAAAGAGUCAGUAGAGGAAGAGGAAAACAAAGAGUCAGUAGAGGAAGAGGCAGAUAAAGACACAAUAGAGGAACAUGGAGAAGAAGACACAGUAGAGGAAGAAGCAGAAAGAGAGCCAAUAGAGAAAAUGGAAGAAGAGCUAAUAGAGGAAGAGGAGCAGGAAUAUUCUGAAGACCAAAAAGAGUCAGUAGAGGAAGAAAAAAAAGAAUCAGUAGAGGAAGAGGAACAGCAACAUUCAGAAGACCAAAGAGAUUCAAAAGAGGAAGACCAGAAAGAUUCAAUAAAGGAAGAGGAACAAAAAGGACCAGCAGAGAAAGUGGAACAAAUAGAGUCAGAAGAAGAGGAGCAGAUUGAGUCAGUAGAGAAUGAGGAACAAAAAGAGUCAGUAGAGAAUGAGGAGCAAAAAGAGUCAGUAGAGAAUGAGGAGCAAAAAGAGUCAGUAGAGAAAGAAGACAAAAAAGAGUCAAUAGAGGAAGAGGAAGAACCACAUUCUAAAGGCCAACAAGUGCCAAUAGAGGAAGAUGCUCAAGAAGAUUCACUAGAAGAUGAGCAAAAAGAGUUAAUAAAAGGAGAACAGCAUUCUGAAGAAUUAGGCGAGUCAUUGGAGAAAGAGGUUCAGCAACAUUCUGAAGAAGGCAGAUCAUGCAAGGAAGACAUUCAGGAACAUUCUGAAGAUCAAGGGGAGUUAUACAUGAAAGAGUCUCAAGAAUAUAGUAAGCCAUGUAAAGAAGAAGUUCGAAAACAUUCAGAAAAAAACAGCGAGUCAUGCAAGAAAGAUGCUGAGGAAUAUUCUGAACAAAGUGAGUCAUGUAAGGAAGAGGUUAAACAAUGUUCUGAAAAACAGAAUGAACUGUGCAAGAAAGAGGGCAAGGCAUGUGAGGAGAAGGUUCAGCAGCAUUCUGAAAAGCAAGAGGAGUUGUGCCAGGAAGACAUUCAGGAAAAAUCUAAAGAAAAGAAUGAGAAGGUAGAGGAGGAAAUUGAGCAAUGUUCUGAUAAACAGAAAGAGUCAUCCAGACAAGGGGUUCAGGAUCAUUCUGAAGAACAGCACAGCAAAUCAGUGGAAGAAGAUAUUGAGCAGCAUUUCGAAAAAUGUGAAAAAUUAUGUGAUGAAGAGGCGCAUGAACAUUCUGAAGAUGAAAGUAAGUCAUUCAAUGAAGAUGUUCGACAACAUUCUGAGAAGCAAAAUGAGUCAUGCAAGGAAGAUGAGCAUCAUUCUAAAAAACAAACAAAGCUGUGUGAGGAAGAGGUUCAACAACAUUCUGAAGAGAAAAUAAAGCCAGUAGAGGAAAAGGUCCAACAGCAUUCUAAAGAAAGUGAGCAAAUGGAAGAGGAAGUUGAACAGCAAUCUGAAAAAUCAAGUGGGUCAUGUCACAAAAAAAUUCAGCAUCACUCUGAACCAGAAGAGUCAUGCAGGGAAGUUGUUCUCAAAAAUUCUGAAGAACAGAGUGAAUCAUGCAAAAAAGACAUUCAUCAUCUUUCUGAAAAACAAAAUGAGUCAUGCAAGAAAGAAGCUGAACAAGAUUCAAAAAAUCAGAGAGAAGCAUAUGAGAGAGAGGUUCAGCAACGUUCUGAAGAGCAAAGCAAGUCAUUAGAUAAAGAGGUUAAGCAGUGUGACGAGGAACAAAAACAAAUGUGCAAGAAGAAGGAAGAAGUUCAGCAACAUUCAGAAGAAGAGAAUUUGCAUGAGGAAGAGGUUCAGCAAUAUUCAGAGGAAAAAGAUUCACACAGGGAAGAUGUUAAGCAACAUUCUGAAGUAGAAAAAGAAUCAUGCAAGACAGAGAUUCAACAUAAUUCUGAAAAGCAAAAAGAGCUUAGUGAGAAUAUGUUAAAUAAUUCUCAAAAGCAGACAGAAGCAUGUGAAAAGAGUCAGGAAAAAUCUGAAAAGCAGAGUGUGUUGUGUGAAAAUGAAAAGAUUAAUAAACAAGAUAAAAGUGUUCCUUUAUUGAAUAGUGCAGCCACCAGUCAGAAGAGUUUAGUGGCAACAAGCCAACUCUGUUCCUCAGAUGAAGUCGAGUCAAGGACGUGUGACACAAAUAUCAAAGGUGAUGUAUCAAAUGCAACCCCAGCAGCCAGUUUGCCUACAAAUACAGUAGUUCUAGUCAUGGGGAAAGUUCAAAGUGGAGACAAUUUAGUGCCGAGUCCUCAGAUUCUGGAAGUCCAGAAGUAAAGUCUUCAAAGAAGGCCAGAUUAAGUGAAAGUGUACCUGACAUGUUUAUAAAUAAGAAAAUUAUAAAUUGUGAAAAAAAUUUAUAUAGAGGAAAGUGUGAGGGAAGCAAUUAACAAGAAAGACCGAAAUGUGUAAACUAAAAAACUAGGUGUGGAGGGUGAAUUAGAAUGGACACUGUGACAUAGGCAUUAACCUUCUUAGAAUACCUGGGCCUUACGAAGCAGCAGACCUUUGAAGUUUGUUCAGUUAUUCCAGCUUGUGUGAAAGGGAAAUGCUCAACCUGUAAGGGUCAUAGAAAGCCUAGGGAAUAAGAGACAGUCAAAUUCAGCCCUAGUAAGGGAAGGGUAGCUCCAGCUCCUUGGGUCAAGAGCUAUUAAGCAGCAUCAAGGCAACCACACUUGAAGG